UACCUUUUCGAUAAGACGAUACAGUUCCUGGAGGUCAUCUCGCAUCGAUCAAGCGCUCUCGAGGUUGACGGGAAAAUCCUCGUUGGUCUAAGGGAUUCUCUUUUUCCCCAGGCUUUCCCGACCCGAGACGCUUCCGACCAUCAGCCCAAACCCGUCCCACAAUCCAAUGGCCCAGUCCGUCUUCCAUCCCUGUCGAUGAGUCCUGUGCACAAGAGUCCAAUCGGUCCUCCAUUGGGGAACAUACACCUUGGCGGCAAUUCUUCAGAUCGUGAAGGGUAA